AGUUUUUCCCCCAACCCCAUUUGCCCUUUUUUUUGUUUUACCCUUUUUCCCUUUAGAGAAGAGAGGAAAAAAGGCCAAGAAAAUGGAGUUUGUGGUCCUCAGUUCUCACCUCUAGCCUCUCUACUACUCCUAAUUAUGUCCUUCUCUUCUUUUCUUUCCUCUGCAAGAAACCAACUUCUUGCUUCUUCUUUUCUCUUUUCUUCCUCUUAAUUAGUCUCUCUGUACCUUGGGGGCAGCUUUUUUUUUUUUUUUUUUUUUUUUUUUUUUAUAAUGGCGACUGGAAAAGCUGACGGAAAAAGGAGGCUAAAUUACUACGAAAUGGAGGAAGAGGAGGAAGAAGAUGAAGAAGAAGAAGAAGAAGAGGAAGAUCAUGAGGAACAACAAAUUCAUGGAGAAUUAGGGUUUGCAGGGGAUUUUAAUAAGAAGAAGAAAAUUCUCACUUCUGGGACUUCUUCUAAUAAAAAAUCAGGAUCUGGGUAUGGCGGAGCUGCGGCGGCGCCCUCGUGUCAGGCUGAUAAUUGCAAUGCGGAUCUGUCGGGUUCGAAGAGGUACCACCGUCGUCAUAAGGUCUGUGAGUUUCAUGCUAAAGCUCCGGCGGUUGCGGUGGCCGGAAUCCACCAGCGCUUCUGCCAACAAUGCAGCAGGUAAUUGAGCAAAUCUAGAAAGACAAAGGGAUCAACCAAAUUGGCAAUUUGUACACUAAAUCAGCAAGGCAUUUAGUGAAGCAUUCAAACAAGCCAAACAUUACUGAUUGAUGCCCUUGAGCUAAAAUUAAAACCCCCAUAAUUCAUACUUAAGCUUAAGAUAAUAUAGGGUUAAAUCACACUCUCUUCUAUCAUAAAUUAAAACCCCCAUACUUCAUACCUAACCAAAAAUAAUGGUAUAACUGUUUAAUUUGUUGGUUUUUCAAGAUAUGGAGUGGGGUUUGAACCCAUUUUAAUUUAUAAAUUAAAAAAAAAAUGGUGAAGUUUGGGAAUAGUUGUAGUCUUGUAAUAUUCAGAUGUUCGUGCAUGUGACACUAACAAGGAAUUUGUUUGAAAGGAGAAAGAAAUGUGACUUGCAAAAGAGAUAGUUUGCACACUUAUGUGGUGUUUGCCACACUAGAGAGUGAAAGGAUGUGCAAGAUAGAGAGUUUGAGAAUUGGACUCAAAUUACCUUACAUGGAGCUAUAAUGAUGUAUUUAUCUGUUGCUCCUUUUCGAAACCUAAUUAUUUGAUAUGUAGAAUUCUUCGACUUAGGGGCGUGCUUGGACACACCCUGUAUGAAAGUUAGGCUCCUCGGACUCAAGGGCUCGGUUGGGGAGAAUCGCCCAUUGGCCAACUAGGCUCCUCAGCUUCAAAGUUAGGCUUACUGGGAGUUGGACCUUUGUCUGUCAUUAUCGUGUUUUGGUCCUAGUCCAACUUUCUUUUUUCAUUAGAUUUAUCCUCUUGGUCCAAAAUCACCCCCGACAAAUAAAACUACAUGAAAGUUUUUUUUCUUCUUUUACCUGCAUUAUUAUUUUCAUCUUAACUUAAACACAAAUCCUUUUAUUGCACAAUUGACAAAGAUCAAUUGGUAUAAAGGAUGUAUUUAGAGUCUAAAUCUCCCAAAUUUGCAACCCAUGUCUGGUGUGAAAACACAAUUUCUCUUGUGGAAUACUAGUAUGUGAGCCACAUGAAAAAUGUUUGGUUUUGAUUUUGUUUUCUAUUUUAUUUUUUUAGUACGAGAGAGAAAUUUAUAUCUCAUAUGUUAAGAAAUUGAGUACACAUGUCAAUUACAACUAAACCAAGCUCACUUUGACUGUUACUUUACUAUCAUGUGUAAAGCUUCUUGCUUAAUUUUAUAAGCAUAAUGAUUUAAUGUCUUCAUCUUCUUCAUUUGCACCAUUUGUGUUCCUUCUGUGAAAGAUGGAGAUUUCACGAUUAGUUUGCUAGUAAUGAUCAUCACUAAAUAUUCGCCAUUUGUGUUCCUUCGUUGUGAAAU